GCCCCUUCCUCUCGGUGCGGGAGGUUCAAACCGCUGCCCAGCUUUGUGUUUUGUUUGUGUUUUGGUCCUCGGGUCGCCGAUGCUGCCCCAGAGGACUGGACUGGUGUUUCAAUCGAAGCACUUCUUUGUGUCCAUGUUUUUCCGUAGAUGUGAUUGUUUUUCUUCCACCAUAAAUGCCUCUCGGGAGUUACUGAAUGACGGAAGGAACCGUGGAGAAGCCGUCGCCAACUGCACAGUUCGUGCCACUCGAGCAAGAUAGAGGUCAGUCGGAGGCCGAGGUUGCCCUCCUUUCGGGGUGGAAAACAACUUCGCAGCCCUGAACUGCCGUCCGUGCUGAGAAGGGCGGCAUACCCAGGUAUGGGAACGGCAGCUGAGGUGCGAAUGGUGCUCUAUGAGGAUGAUUCCGUCCAAGUGCACUACGAUGGUGGUUCCACGCUGCAGAUCUCUCCUUGUGGCUCUGAAUUUCUCUUUGAAAAGGCACUUCCUCCCUCAACACAUCCUUUAGAACAACCAGAGAGAAUCCGUCAACGAACACACUUUGUUAUUAGCAACUACAGAGAGCAACUACAGCGAGCCCUAGAUUUUCGAAACUCUUCAGCUACAUGCCCUUUUUUAUCUGAAAGCAUCAUACCUCCUGAAAGAAAAAAGCAUAUCUUCAUUGAUUUCUCGGAAGUAGAAUGGCCCAGCCUUGACAGAGAUGACUGCAUCACGUACUCGGAGAGUGGCGUGGUGAAGAUAACAUCCCUGGAUGGACAUGCAUACCUUUGUCUGCCCAGAUCCCAGCAUGAAUUUACAGUACAUUUUUUGUGUAAAGUGAGCCAGAGGCCAGAUUCAUCUGGAAUACUAUCCGAAACAAAGAAUCAGGACCCCAAAAAUAAACUAGUUGAGAAGACCAGAAAAGUCUGCAGAUGUGGAAAUUUAUCAGGACAAAGAUUAAGGAAUAAAGAAAAUGAACCUCAUUACCAGCUCUUGAAAUCUAAAAACACUUUAGCAAACAUAUGUUGUGUGAAUGACACUGAGGGGAGAGAGGAGCUGCCUUCCCCGAGCACAAAUCACAGAUGCGUGUACGCUUGGGUAAAGCAGGCUUGGUCUGUUGCCUUCUGUCCAGAGGAGUGGAAAUACCCUCUGGCUUUAGCACUUCGUUUUUAUAACAAAGUUCGUGUUGCAUCUGAAAUUGAUGCAGAUUUCCCUGCGAGUAGCAUUGUGACUUCUGACAGUCCUGAAGAAAGAGGAGCAGAGGUUUCUGUCCUUCCCAGGGCCUUGUUACUCAGCUGCCCUGCCCCACACAUGCACAGGUGGAACUUCUGUGACUCACUUUUACAGAGACAGUCCGAAGCGGAAGAGUUUUCCUACCCUGAGCUUGUGAAGGCGGUGUGGUAUAAAGGUGUUACAUACAGGCUUACCCAUAAAAAUGUAAACUCAAUAGAGAUUUUUCCUGGAGAUGGAUCGGUUUUCAAGUCAGAAGGGGCUCAUUUUGGUAACUAUUUUACAUAUUAUCCAAGUCAAGAAGAAUCAGAAAAGAGAGAAGAGAAAACUUACUCUGUAAAUAACCUUCCUCCAGACAGACCAGGAAACCUCUUCUCUGUACGUUCUCUGAUUAAACAGGCAACCAGAAUUCUUCAACAUUGUGCCAAGAUAAGGCUUUCACUAAGCCACAACUACCGUGUGUGCUGCUGGAAAAUGGCACCUGGAGUAAGUGUUAGCAGUAUCCUGCCCGUGCUUCUGAAGGAAUCGCUCAUCCCAAACGUGGGGAGAUUCCUUGCCUACUCUGAUGACAAAGUCCAUGCUGUCUUUUUGGAUGGAGUCACACUAACGCUGAAUUGGAAUCUCAGCUCCUCUGCUGAGAAGAGACAAGUAGAUCAAGGGCUCAGCUUAGGUUGGUGCAGAUUAACUUUCCCCGAUGGACAGGAUCAAUUAAUUCCAACUAAACACCCUGGAGCGUAUGAAAGAUAUGUGACAUCAGUAACAUCAUGGUGCAGAGAACUAACGCAGACUAGCCCAAGACAAGUGCCCACACAUCUCUCACCUGCUCUCAAAGAAAACUGGUCUGUUGCUUCUGAGCUUGAGAAAAUACAGAAAUUUAACUGGCUGUUGGAAAACAGUGGUGUCCUCAACCUCACGUCUAGCAAGAAGAAUGAACAGCGUUCUUCUGAUCACUGUAAGUCAGGAUCUUCAGAAACCUUGCUAGAAGCAACUAAUGAAGAGAGUGUAUCAGUAGCAUUGAAAAGAACUUCUGAAAUCCUUCAGGAUAUUGACCAUCUUCUGUCACUCUCUAGAAAGUGAAAAAUGAAAGUACUACAAAAUCUGAAGAAUGUUUCAAAUUACUAGUAUGGAAUUGCUACAAACCCAAGAAACUGCAAAUGUUACUUCUGCAGAAUGAUUGUACAGAACUGACUUCACUUUGAUUGUAUUUUGCUCAUCUUGUAAAUUUUAGUGUUUGUGUGUGUAUACAUUUUUAAAAAUAAAGAACAGUUUUGAAA